GGCGUGCAAAGUUCUGAUAAAGGGGAGAUAUGCAUCUGGAGCUGCAUAGAUAAAGUACGAUCUUUUCGUGCAUAAUCAUGUUUUAAGUUGGACCCCUCGAGAGCCAGAAAAAAGGAGGAAUAUCAUUGUACAUUGUACACAGGGAAGAAUUAAAGCAACACUGAUUUUUGCAAGCUUAAAAACAAGAAAUAACAUACUUUCAUGGUGAUAUACAUGUACUAGAGAUGACUUCCAAACAACAGGAAGUAAAUUCACACGGAGCAGAGCGGUAUCAGCACGUUGAGGAACCGUCAUAUCGGAAUGUGAUGACGUCAUAUCCACCCUCACCUGAACCAAAUCAACAUCCACCAUUUACCCCCAAGUCUGUUUUAGAAGCUUACAUGCUGGCCAUACCCUUUGGUCUUCUAGGAUUUCACCACUUUUACUUACACAGACCAGGGUUUGGAGUGCUUUAUUUAUUUACGUUUGGUCUCCUAGGAAUUGGCGUUGUUUUUGACUGGGUAAGGCUACCUUAUUUGGUUCAUGAAGCAAACAAUCGUCUGCAGAAUCCAAGAUCUGCUGAAAACGAGGACAAACGAUUGGACGACGCGUAUCUGCUCUGGUUUGUCUUCGGUUUGUUUGGUUUUCAUCACUUCUACCUGAGGAACAAAAGCUUGGGUUUCCUCUAUUUUUUCACAUGUGGUCUGUUUGGACUCGGGUGGUUAGUGGAUCUCUUCCGCCUCCAUUCAGUAGUUCGCAAGACAAAUGCAAAACACAGAAGUGGGUUGGACAAGUUUGAGGACUAUUCCCUCCUCAUGGCAUAUACAUUUAAUCUCUUUCCCAUUACCGGUAUACUUGGCGGGCAACAUUUUUACUUAGGCCGAUACUUUUUCGGUGUCGCUUACUUCAUAACAUUCGGACUCCUUGGUUUUGGGUGGUUUUUGGAUAUUUUCCGACUUCCUGUACUCGUUCGUCGAGCCAAUGAGAAAGUACACAAUCAGAAGUACAACUGUCCUACACUACAGAAGGUUUAUCUAGACGAUGCUUAUAUUCUGUGGUUUCCUUUUGGCUUGCAUGGGUUUCAUCAUUUCUAUUUACGGCGGUACGUUUGGGGCUUUCUUUACCAUUUUACUUUUGGAUUAUUCGGGAUAGGCUGGCUUGUUGACAUGUGUCGAAUCCCGAGUCUGGUCCGAGAAUAUAAUGAACGGCUUAGCAUGACGCCUCUUAUUGUCCAGGAACCUCGAGAACACAGAACAUAUCCUACAACGAUGUCAAAUCCCCCAAACAAUGGUGCAUAUCAAACACCAAGGACUGGUCACUACCCAACAGCACCACCAACGACGACCGAGCCCUACUGCGGAACGACUGGGCCCCACCCGACGAUGACUGGGCCCUACCCCAUGGCACCGCCAGUUCCUCCCAUCGUCUCAACUCCUGUUUAUGGAUAUUCUGGUGAAGUAUCCGACCCACCUGUCUACACGGAAGCCCCACCCCCGUACACUGAAUAAGUGAGGACAUGGAGAAAAGGACACCUACCCUGUAAAGCCUGACAGUGUCUGAAAAAUUGAAAAUAUAUAAGUGGACACGUUUGUCAUUUCUUAAUAAUUAUGUCUUUAUAUUUACAUUUUCAACUGUAUUUGUCUGUAAUAACACUAUGAAUCGAUUUUGAACCCUAAAACCCAAUAACUUCAUAAAACAUGAGUGACACAAAAUGGGCGUGUCUUAUAUAUAGCAAAACCAAAAACGGUAUUGGCUGCGCCGCGUAGUAAUACAUACCAUGUGUUACAUGGAAAAAUAUGGUUUUAAAAUAAUUCUGUUAUAAAGUGUACAAAUUGGAAAUAAUAUAAGUAUAAGUAAUAAGAAACCUUUCUUUGAAUAUUAUUAGGUGAUAAUUUCAAUAUUAUUGAUUACAUAAAUUAUUAAAGUCAGUCUGUCAUAAAACAAUAUAAGAUUAUUAUGUAAAAAAAAAAUUAAAAUUGGUUUACAAGUCGACAAAGCUAUACUAAGGGACCAGGAAAAAUCACAAUGAUAGGACCGGUACAAAAAAAAUAUUCAUUAAAAAAGUUGGCUUGUCUCAUUGCUUUUACAAAAACUGUAUUCCAUGAAUGCGUUUAAGCUUUAAAAAAGUUACUGUCCCAUUGAUAUACAUCUUCAUAUUCGUGAGAUUGUUGCAACAAAAUUACAAAAGGUACAAUGUAAACAAGCAUUUCUAUAUACUAUUUUACUGCACAGUAGUAUAGUGUAUGUACAUGUAUAAUUGCUAAAUUUUAAAACCGUGUCAGGUUUUGAACUUUCAAACAUUGAUGAAAGUUUUUUGAAUGGAUAAAGCAUGAGAUACUGUUAAUGAUGCUGUAAAAUUUGUCAGCAGUAUAAUUGAAAAGGGGUCAUGCUCAUAACUCUUCUUAAUUAUUUCUUGUUUGUUACUUUGUUGAAUAUUGUAUUCAGUACAAAUGUUGCACUUUUGUAUCCUUUGUUGGACUUAAAUAAAAGAUAUACAGUAUAUAGUGA